AGAUAUUAAUUAGGAUAUGAGGAUUACUAAAUAGGCAGGCCCUUGGAGUCUGGGUGCAGUCGUGCAGAUACGGCUAAGCUCAUUCAAAUUCCAGUAUCUAGACCUCCACCAUCUUAAAUUCAAAAUUCACACGCCGUUGAUGCUCAAUCCGUAAGCGUUAUUAAUAGCUCACAAUUCAUAUCUCUCCGCCGACGCUCAAUCGUCUUCUACAUACACUUGGGUCGAUUUUAUACUAUAUGAUAUUUAAGUUAUUAUGGCGAGCAGAGAUAGAAUAAGCCAGCUCCCGGAAGAUAUACUUGACCACAUUUUGGGAUUAUUGUCUAUCCAACAAGUUGCUAAAACUGCAGUUUUGUCUACGGUUUGGAGAGAUCUCUGGACCACUCUCACUCAGCUUUGCUUUGAUUAUGACUUCUUUGAGUAUUUUGACAAAAAAUAUCGGCGGGAUAGCAAGUAUGUCAGGAAAUCUUCUGGGUUGUAUGUAAUCACUAAAGUUCUGUUGCAACAUAAGGGAACUAUUAGGAAAUGUGUCAUUCAUUUAUCUCAUGCUGGAAUUCUUACUCUGAGGUCUCGCUCCUUUGACUUUGAUCAGUGGUUACAUUUACUCACAUUUAAACGUGUUGAAGAGCUCCACCUUAGUUUUGAGGAUAAAGCAUACAAGCUGCCGAAUUUUAUCUUUUCAUGCUCAACACUCAAAAACUUGCAUCUUGAAGCUUUCUCUAUUGAACCAUUAAAUCUACCUCGCACAUUGCUACCUAAUCUUACAUCAUUAUAUUUCGUAGAUGUUGACUUUGGUCCUACAAAUGUUUCAAAUUAUGUUGUUGAUGUUCCUAUGUUGGAGAAUCUGUCAUUUAGGGGCUGUGAGAAUAUACUACACCUAAAAAUUACUGCUAGAAAACUUUGCAGUUUGGCAAUUAAUGGUUUGUGUAGUGAAGUCGACAAAUCUCUCAGGCUCAACUUGGACUUCAAAUCUAUUUGUACUCUUGAAUUGGACAAUUGGUCUCUCCAGUAUAUUCUUGCCGAAAGUGCUACAAAGGGACGUCAACUACAACCGCAUACACUAAAUGUGGAAUUGUUGAUACUAUCAGGAUUUCGUUUCCAAAGGGAUGUUGAGACCUCUUCAUUUGUAAGGUUGCUAUGCAUAUGCCCGAUGUUAUGCCAACUUGAAAUAAGUUUUUGGGGGAUCGAGGAUAAUACUUAUAAGCCUUUAGAUGCUACAUCAAAGCGAUUGAAAAAGCUUCGUACUGUAGUUCGAACAUACAACAGGCUUCUCGUUUUGAAACUUUGCUCAUUCAGAGGAUUAAGGUCUCAAAUGCAUUUCAUUAAGGAGAUGUUGGCCUGUCUUCCCUCACUUGAAAGGGUUAUCUUUAUUUUCCAUUAUAUGUAUGAUGAUGAUGACAGCUACAAGAAACAUGAGAUCAUGGAAGAAGUGUUGUGUUUUCCUCGUGCAUCUACUAAAGCAAAAAUGGUUUAUUAGCAGCUAUCUUUCCAAGUUGAAUGGAAGGUAGUCCUUUGUGUAGUAACACUAGAUGCAGCAAACAUGUCAUGCCAACGUUAAGCACUUAUGCUACAUGGAUGUUUUGUUUUCGUGCAAAAACAUGUAUGAAUGGCAAUGAUUAUUAUACCACAAGUUUUUUGUAUAUAUGAUGAUGCAUAUUUGGCUAGAUC